GCGAGCCUCCAUCUUGGCUUUUCCCGAGCUGAGGCGAAAGGGCAGCAGCCAUAAACACGCUGAUUUCAAAAUAACAACAAACAGACCGCGGAAAUAAAAAAAAAUUGGCAAUUUGCCGAGAUGUAACUUUUUUUUCCGCUGAAAACCAUUCAACAAAUUGCUUCGGUGGAGAGCGCGCGAACAGGAUGGGGGAGAAAGACGGCGGCUGCUGUGGACGCCUCCGUUAACGGUGAUUUUGCACUCAGCGUCGCCGGACCUGCUUUUGUGGGAACCCGAACGGUGGCAGGCUCAGCGCUCUCCAGGAUGGGCAUGAAGAAGGUCGCCGUCGUCCUGCUGGUCCUGUGUGUUUGCCUGGAGGGAGGAUCUGCCAAAGAAAAAGGCAACAAGAAGGGCAAAAAGAAGGGGAAGCAGGUCUACUGUCCAUCACAGCUGUCGUCCGAGGACCUGGCCAGAGUCCCUGCCAAUUCAACCAGUAACAUCUUGAACAGGUUACUGAUCACCUACGAUCCCAGAAUAAGGCCCAACUUCAAAGGAAUUCCCGUGGAGGACAGGGUGAACAUCUUCAUCAACAGCUUUGGCUCAAUACAAGAAACGACCAUGGAUUACAGAGUCAACAUCUUCCUGCGGCAGCGCUGGAACGACCCGCGGCUGAAGCUGCCCGACGACUUCAAGUCCGACUCGCUCACCGUCGACCCCAAGAUGUUCAAGUGUCUCUGGAAGCCCGACCUGUUCUUCGCCAACGAGAAGAGCGCCAACUUCCACGACGUCACCCAGGAAAACAUCCUCCUGUUCAUCUUCCGGAACGGAGACGUGUUGAUCAGUAUGAGGUUGUCCAUCACCCUCUCCUGUCCGCUGGACCUCACGCUCUUCCCCAUGGACACGCAGAGAUGCAAAAUGCAACUUGAAAGCUUCGGCUACACCACAGACGACCUUCAGUUCAUGUGGCAGACAGAGGACCCGGUGCAGAUGGACGCCAUCGCUCUGCCACAGUUUGAUAUCAAACAAGAAGAUAUUGAUUAUGGAAACUGCACUAAAUUUUACUCAGGGACAGGCUACUACACAUGCGUGGAGGUCAUCUUCACCCUUAGACGACAGGUGGGCUUCUACAUGAUGGGCGUCUACGCCCCCACGCUGCUGAUCGUGGUCCUGUCCUGGCUGUCCUUCUGGAUCAACCCCGAUGCCAGCGCUGCCAGGGUUCCUUUGGGAAUCCUCUCGGUGCUCUCCCUGUCCUCCGAGUGCACCUCGCUGUCCUCCGAGCUGCCCAAGGUGUCCUACGUCAAGGCCAUCGACAUCUGGCUCAUCGCCUGCCUGCUGUUCGGCUUCGCCUCGCUGGUGGAGUACGCCGUGGUCCAGGUCAUGCUCAACAGUCCCAAGCGCAUCGAGGCCGAGAAGGCCAAGAUGGCGUCCAAGGAGAAGGCGACGGGGAAGAGCCCGGCGGCGAGGAACAACACGGUGAACGGCACCGGAGGGACGCCGCUGCACGUCAGCACGCUGCACGUGGCCGAGACCCGCUGCAAGAAGGUGUGCACCUCCAAGUCGGACCUGCGCACCAACGACUUCAGCAUCGUGGGCUCGCUCCCGCGGGACUUUGAGCUGUCUAACUUUGACUGCUACGGGAAGCCCAUCGACACCGGCAGCGCCCUCGAAAAAUCCCAGGCCAAGAACAACAAGAAACCUCCUCCCCCCAAACCCGUCAUCCCGUCUGCUGCCAAACGAGUCGACUUGUACGCGCGCGCUCUCUUCCCCUUCUCCUUCCUAUUCUUUAAUGUGAUUUACUGGUCCAUAUACUUGUGAUUACAUUUAAAUUGCCUUGUGUUAUUGACCCCCACUUCACUCCCAUUAGUCCUUUAUUGAUCAGAUUUCAUUCAGAGUUUUAUUAAGUGCACAUUGAGACCCAUACAAAUGACAGAACUCUGAAGCUACUAUUAUUACAUUUACACGUCUAAAAAAAUCAUAAUUUGUGUAUUAAAUGAUUAUAACUAAAUCUUUCUUUAACAAAUAUAAAUAUAGCAUCUUGUACUGAAAUACUUUAUUUAUCGAUAACUGUACUUGAGAGAAUACUAGAGCACUGCAGAUGCAGCUGUUGAUGAAUAGUGUUUGUACAGAUCCACAAAGAUCGAUGGCGCAGCGGCUGCGCAGACGGUGCACAGAUCUAUAGACGAGCAUUUGUAAAUUGCUGUUUGAUUUAAUUGCCCUCGCUGAGUGCAGUAUGAGUCCUACCUGAGGUUUACGGGGGUCAGUGCGGACCCGUAGUAUAAUUAUGUUGCAUGUUUGAAAAUGCAUGUGUAUGAAGACAAAGCGCAUUUAUUCCAUUUUAUUCCUCGUCUGCUUUGCUCUGGAGGCGAUUGGUGGAUUUGUGAGACACUCCUGUUCCUGCCCAGGUGCUCCUUUGACACUGCCUCUUCUCCAGCACGGUGUAACGUUCUACCUGUAGCGUGUGCAAGCGGGUCACUAGUGUGCCGUGACCGCGUGUCUGUGAAGUUUACAGGAUAAAUAAAUGAUCAAAUGUCUUUCCACCA